AAAACUUCUGCACUGUGAUAUAUUGUUGUUAGAUAGACACAGGGAAGUAGCUGUGUUAAGUUAUUAGGUAUUUAUUAUUUUAUCCAUUAACGUAGUGACACACUAACAAAAGAGGAGUAUAUCAGCAUGACAGAUAUUUAUUUUUCAGGGUAUUUUGCAGGGUACCUGCACAUGUGGGAUAGAGCCAUAUAAAUAUAAAUAUGAUGCAUAUAAUGGAUGUUCCAUGUGGAAAAGAGGAUGGUAAAGCACUAAUCAAAAAAAACAUCAGAACUUUGGCAGAAAAAGUGGAAUUCAGACAGAAAAGGCGGAACAUACUAUAGACUAGUAUCCUUAAAAGACAGAAGAAGUAGAGGAGAGGAGGUGGUUUUAUUUAGAUUAAGGUUUGAUCAAAAGGGGUUUAAAUAAGAUACUGUUUCUAUUGGGGAAAGUAAAUUCACAAGUAUGUGAACAUUGUAGUAUCACUGAAAAUGCUGAAUAUGUAAUAAUUCCCUGUGUCGAAUACAGUGUAACGAAGAAAGGUUGAGAGGUUCUGAAGAAUAGGACUUGGAAGGGAUAUAAUUCUUGGUUAACACCGGACUAUAUAACAGAAUACACUUUUUUCAUUUCAUUAUUGUAAUACAAAAUAGAUCCUGUUCUACAUACUCCCGUGCGGUGGGUUGCGCUAUGUACCUAAAAUUAAAAACGCGAAGAAGAGGAAGCAGCAGCAGCAGCAGCAGCAGCAGUAGUAGUAGUAGAGGAAGAACACCAACAACAACAAACCACGCGAACCUCGCCAUGUAACCCCGUGGACAACCACUACCCGCCAUCGUCGUAGCAGAAAUGGCUCCUGACUAUUGAUACUAGGAAGGGGAACACAUACUCCAGUCCCCGUAAACGUCGACAGUAACGCGGUCUGACCACCUAAAGUGCAGGAGGGAUGUGCUCCGUCGUCGGAUGUGAUUCGUCGCGUCGCAGUGCGCAACGAUUCAAGUUACCUGAGGACCCAGAGAGGAGACUGGAGUGGGUUCAGUUUCUCUUCGAAGUCAAUGGACAACGACUUAAAGAAUCGUGCUGGACUGAUAUCACCAUUUGUAGUGAACACUUCACAGGUGACUGUUUUAGAAACCUGGGCGCGACUGGCACGGCCCAGCUGAAGCACGGUGUUGUCCCAUCACUGUGUAUCAAGUCUGAGCCAGACGAACUUGAGUCGGAUCCGGAGAGCCCAAAAUAUGAGGAGCCUGUGGGAACCCCACAAGUUGAUUCUCAUUGUGAACAACUUAAAGCAUGUGAUAGUCCAUCUUCCUAUUCUGAAGGAUCAGGACUGGCAUCAGUGGCUGUCCCAGUAAGUCCAGUGCCGAGCGAUACUUCAGAUGUUUUCAUGUCUGAUCAUGGUCACAUUCUGCAAAAGAUUGUGAAUAUUGAUAUGAUCAGAGAAAAAGCUGCACUUCUUCAGAUGAAGGGGAAGUAUGUUGUGAAUGAAAAACGCUUGCUCCAGCUGUUGAGCACCAAGUGCCCUUUGUGUGGUUCUAAAGUAAAGGUGCAGAAAAUUAUCCAUGGCAUACUCAUCGUCUUGAACCAACAGUGCCUUCAGUGUGAGUACAGAAACCAGUGGAAAAGCCAGGUCAAUGCCACUGUCCCACCAGCUGUAUAUCAAGACCCGACAGGAGGCACAGAAGUAACUCCGGAGACAGCGUCUGAGGAGAGUGAUCCCAUGAAUGAAACAGAGGAAUCAAGUGAUCAGGGGGACAUGGAUUCAGAUGACGAUUGGAAGCCAAGAGGGGAUUUGUUGCCAAGUGGAGUGCUACAUAAUGAAUCUGAUGAGGAAACUGACGAUGAAGAUGAUGAAGUAGAUGAAAAUGACAUUUAUCCUCCACUCGCCCCCAAACACAGUCAGCUCUGCACAGAGUGUGGGAGGUUUUACAGUAAACGGUGGCCUCACACAUGUGAGCACAAAGUAAAGCCCUAUUCCUGCAAUAUCUGUGGCAAGAGAUGUGUUAGUGAGGUUGCUCUAAAUUCCCACAGCAGAGUCCACAAUGAAAACUAUGAGCAUCCUUGCAAAUACUGCAACAUUACAUUCAAAACAAAGGUGGAUAAAAUCACUCACCAGCAGAUCCACCUAACUCAAGGAAAGCCCUAUAAAUGUCCUGACUGCUCAGAGACAUUUGCCACAAAUAAGGAACGCAGAACCCACCUGGAGGAUCACAGAGGCCCCCAGGAAUUAAAAUGUCACAUCUGUGGGAUUGAAUUCAACCGUUUACUUUCUAUUCGGAGACACUUAAUUGUCCACACAGGACUGAAGCCGUACAAGUGUUCGGUGUGCCAGCGUGGCUUCAACCAGGCGGGUCACCUCAAAUCUCACAUGCGUCUGCACACAGGGGAGAGGCCUUUCAAGUGUCAGCACUGUGACAAACGCUUCAAUCACAAUGUGAGCUUGAAGAGUCAUGUCCAGCGUUACCACGCAUCUGGGUGUGAACAGAAGAAGGGUAAAAUAAACAAAACUGUAAGUGACACUGGUGAUGCUCAAGGGGAUGGGAACAAGAGAGGUGCGGACUCGGAACUCGACAAUGUAGAGGGAGAAGAGGAUGCAGAAGAGGAGGUGCCUAGACCUAAAAGGAAUAGGAGAAGCACAGGUAGGCCCAUAGGAAGGCCUAAGAGAAAUGCAGCAGGCAACUUUGUUCUGGCAGGAGAAAUGCAAGACCCGGGUUCAAACACUAAGACUAGAAAAUCAAAGCAACAGAGGUUAAGGAGAACACAAUGCAAUGAUGAAGAAAGUGAGGACGAUCCGUCCGAAAGCGACAUGUCCUUUGACUCAAAAGAAGAGGAAGAGGAGAAGACUGAGAAAGUAACAAACAACAAAAGCAAAUCAAGAAAAAAGCCAAACAAUUCUGACAGUGAUAUCGAUUUUGACGCUGAACACGCAAAGAGAAAGAGGUACAGCAGCCGGAACAGUGGCAAAAGCUCAAGGAAGCGCAGGGGAAGACCAAGAAAAGUAGUUGAAGACACUUAGAGAGACAUUGGGCAUUUGUGAAGAGGAAUACAGUUGAGUGACAUACACACCUUUUUACCAUGAUAAACUGGAACCAUUAAGUAUUAUGAGAAACUAAACAUGUUCCGUAGGGCUUGGGUCUCUUAAAAUUCCUUUGCUUUUGCACUGUUAAGAGAUAUCAUCAUUUUACUUUACUUUUGUAUCCCGUCAACUGAUCAGACUGGGUACAAGUAGAUUAAACUAGGCAGAUUUGAACUGCCGUUGUUCUUUUGUGUUGUAUAUUUUCUAUUCUUUUACUUCCAUAAUACGGGCACACACUGUAUAUGAAUGUGUUAAUUUUUGGAAGGAGCCACAUCUCCUAGCGCCAAGAGUUCACUUGUACUGUACGCCUACAGUACCCUUCAGUAUCUUUGUCUUCUGUGAAGGUACAAUAUGUGCAAUUUUCAGAAGGAUUGGUGUGUAUUUUAACAAUUUUGGGGAAACGGGUGCUGAAUGUUACAACUGUUUUUGUAGUUCAGAGACAACAAGUUAACUGCAGUAACACUACAGCCAAUACAGCGCUUUGAAUGGAAUGACGUGGUCCCCACUGUCAGUUUCUACAUUAUUCUGAAUAGUUUAAAGGUGGAUAAUUUGAAUUCACACAACUAAUUCCUUUUGUACGCAAAUACUUAUUCCUUAUUCCAUAAUGUGAAACAUAAGGUGUCCAAUAUGAUGUUCGACUUCCACAAUAAACUUUUGAAAACUGAA